GAAUAGCCUACCAUAGGCUGGACUACAACCAUAUUUCCUGCCCAAUUUGGUAAAGCUGCCGGGCUGGAGGACGCACGGGGAGAGCAUUUAGCAGCAACUAGAUUAAAACACUUGGCGAGGGUUGAUUUAAGGAAUUUAAGCCCUGACCCCUUUUCGUCAUGAACGAACGACGUUACGUCGGAAGAGGCGCAUCAGUCGGUUUUGUAGCGGGUUUAUUAGACAGAAACCCCAAUAUUAUCUGCUCGAUAUAGAUAAUAAUAAUAACGCGAGAGUUUGCAAGUUGCCUCAAGACUGUAGUUGCAACUGUCAAAGGUGGAGUGGAUACGCGCAUGACCCAACACACAUUACUGUAAUACUGUACACGGCCGCCAAGAUAAUAUCCGUAUAAAAAACCGAAAUAAUCCCGAGGUAAGGAACCGCGGACUGUACCAAAACCGACCGACAUUUGGCGUUUCUGCUGAUUUUCCUUCGCUUCGUUUUCUUUUACUCUAAGCAGCUGUCUCGCAGCCGUCGAAAUUACUGCACUAAAUAUAUUUUUGUGCCUCCCUUUAGCUCCAGCCAGCGCAAGGAUUUUUUUUUUACUCCUCCUUCGUAAUAAAGUCGCCAUUUUGCUUCACUGCCUAUAUAAACCAUCCCGUAUUCUAAUAUUUUUCCUCAAGGAGUCGGGGACAUACCUAUCUUUCCUGGCUAUUUGCAGCAUUUCUGGAGUGUUUAACGAGAAGACAGAGGUUGAAGAAGUGCCUCGUGGUGUACAUAUUAAUGCAGGAAAGGAGGGGGCAAGGCUACACGAAACUGGGAAUAAGGUGAAAGUAUCCGGGAUUUCUUUUGAUAUAUGAUUUCUAAUUUCUGCUCUGCCCUGCUUUUUCUUCCACCUCGUCGUCUGCAGAGUGGGGGAUAAGACGACGGUGUCCGCUUCCUUUCAGGCCCCCCAGCCCCAGUCUGACCGGUCUUUGACGCACAGCAGGUGUGAUUGCCAUGUAACAUAACAUUGGUGGAAAAACGCCCACCCAGGUGCCUCUCUCCUGACCCCCCCUCCUUGCCCCACGUGGGUGACCCGGGGCCACCCGGCCCCUAGUGCUGGGUGACUCCCCGACAGUCCAGGCAUGGAGAGCCCGAGUGGCCCCAGGCUUGGGAAACUGUCCUCAUCGGGGCAGCCAAGGGGCCGGCCCCCCAAGCAUGGACACCCCCAGGAGACCAUGAGACCUACGCCAGGCCCCGAAAACAACAACAAACAUAGUCCUGUGUGUGGUGAGCCAGUGGAGGGGAAGAGGAAAGGUCGUCCUAAAGCAGAUGUCCAAGAACUGAGGAGCAUCCCUGCCCAUAUGAUAGUACAAUGGAAGGAAGAGUUUAAACGUCGCUCCAGGGUUAAGUGUCCGUGUUCGGGCUGCUGGUUAGAGUUUCCCAGCAUCUACGGCGUCAAGUACCACUAUCAGCGCUGCCAGGGGGCCACCCUAGCUGAGAAGCUGAGUCAUGGCUGCCCGUACUGCGAGGCAGUGUUUGCCACAAAGGUGCGCCUGCAGAAGCACAAGCUGUGGAACCAUCCGGACAGGGUCAGCAUGGAGCCCAAGGACGAGCAGCCCAAGCUACAAAAGACCGCUGUCAAGUCCAGCAUCAAGAAAAGGCCUAUGGAGAACAGUCCGCCCUCCCCGGUGUUCUUCAAAGUGAAAAAGACGCAUGAGGUGUCCACACCCUCUCAGAACGGUGAGCUGGCCCCCCAGAAGAGUGAGAGGUCACAGCACACCCACGGCCAGCCCCCUCAGCUAGUCCACCAGUCCCAGCCAGUCCAGCCCCAGUCCCAGGCCCAGAGUACGUCGUCUGAUGCUGGGGGCAGUGAGAGUGAAGGGGGCAGUCUCCCCCCUCCUUUCCCUGAUGAAGACCCGGAGCGAAUGAGGCACAGACGGAAGCAGAAAACCCCUAAGAAGUUCACCGGAGAGCAGCCCUCCAUCUCUGGAACGUUUGGACUAAAAGGUAUGACCAAGGUGGAGGAGAAGCUGAAGGCUGGCCGUGCGAAAAGACCAGAGGGGAGUGGGUUCAGUGAGGAGCCCCAGAGAAGAGCCAACCCCAGUCAGCUCUCCAAAAAAGACCCAGCCACAACCAGCUCUGGUCCUGUGCAGGACACCCAGUGGCAGCGAACCAUCUCAGAGCGAGGUGAGGUGGUGUGUCCUACCUGCUCCAUCGUCACCAGGAAGACAGUCCACGGCCUCAAGAAACACAUGGAGAUCUGCCAGAAGCUCCAGGAUGCCCUGAGGUGCCAGCAGUGUAACAAGCAGUUCAGGUCCAAGGCCGGCCUCAACUACCACACCAUGGCUGAACACAGCACCAAGCCCUCGGGGAGUGAAGGCCAGACGGGGGACGAGCAGGAGGAGAGAGAAAGGCUGCGUAGAGUGCUCAAACAGAUGGGACGAAUCAAGUGUCCUAGUGAGGGCUGCUCGGCCCACUUCUCCAGUCUGAUGGGCUACCAAUACCACCAGAAGCGUUGUGGAAGAGAGCUCUCUGAGGAUGAGAAGCCUGUGUUUAUAUGCCAGCACUGUGGAAAGACCUACCGCUCCAAGGCUGGCAGAGACUACCAUGCACGCACUGAACAUCCCCCUACCAUCACAACCACCGCCACCACCACCACCACUACCAACAGCAACAACAACAAGGACAAUACCACCGACACCAACAACAACACAGGCAAAGAGAGGGUGAUUUCUGAAGAAUCUCCAUCAAUAGGCAGGAAAGAGCAAAGCCAGCCUGAGAGGAAGGAGUGGCAAGAGAAAGCACCCCCUGCCCGGCCCAAGGAGAAGGAGCGGGAGAUCAAGGAGAAGGAGCGGGAGAGAGAAAGGGAGAGGGAGAAGGAGAGGGAGAGGGAGAGGAUGAAGGAGCGGGAGCGAGAGAAGGAGCUGGAGCGAGAAAAGGACAGGGAGCGAGACCGAGAGAAGGCAGCAAAGAAUGAGAGCCUGGGGGAGGACUUCGAACGCACCCCCAGCGGCAGAGUGAGGCGACGCUCGGCCCAGGUGGCUGUGUUCCACCUGCAGGAGAUAGCAGAGGAUGAGCUGGCCAAGGACUGGGGCACCAAACGCCGCAUCAAGGAUGACCUGGUACCUGAUAGCAAGAGGUUAAACUACACCCGUCCUGGCCUCCCCAACUUCAGCCCUGAGCUGCUGGAGACUUGGAAGAACGAAGUCAAAGAGAAGGGCUUCAUCUGCUGCACAAACACAAACUGUGAAGCUGUUUACUCCAGUGUGUCAGGACUCAAAGCCCACCUAGCCAACUGCAGUCAGGGGGGUGGUGAGCUUGGGAAGUACACCUGCCUGAUCUGUCAGAAGGAGUUCAGCUCAGAGAGCGGUGUCAAAUACCACAUCAGCAAGACACAUUCACAGAAUUGGUUCCGUGCAGCAGCGAGCCACGUGGUCUCCGGCAGCAAGAGCAAAGCACCGGAGAACAAUGGGAUCAAAGCUGAGGUGAGGAACGGUGCCACCACCGGCAAGAAGAGGGGCCGCAAGCCCAAAGAACGCCCUCCUGUGGUUGACCCACUCCAGACAAAAACUCCAGCACCCACCACCACUGAGAACUCAACCCCCAUCCUCACAGACCCAAUACACACCCCCACCCAGACCCCCAUCCCAACAGACAGCGGGAGUUCAGGGCAAAACAGACAGCCCAAUGCCUCCCCCGCCAGACGGAGCAAACCCAAGAGGCUGUCACUGUCCGAGUAGCUCUGCUUUCACCGACCCAGGAGCCAGAGAGGAUGCUAUCUGUCUGUUCAUGUCAGCCAAGAAGUUAAGAGACCUGACUAACGCCACAAGGACUUAGCGCUGAGAAGAAAGCUAAAUCAACAAUCGAGAAGUAAAACAUUUGUCCAGACUUCAAAUCUUGGUUUUGAAACCCUGCAGUUAAUGUGUCUACUGUUAUACACAGUACUCAUGUUUAACAGUAGUGUUUUAUUUCUCCAUUCCACUUUUGUCUCCUUUGUAAAGGCACACAUUUCAGUUUCUCUACUCACAACAGGGGUGUCAAUAGUAAUCAAAGAUAAAAUUCUGAUUUGUACAUGGAUAGCAUUUUCUAAACUGAAGUAGUAUUCCAAACAAUUUGAGUGUAAUUCUCCUCUACAAGUCUGUAGAUUCUUGUUGUGUUCGAGAGGUUUUAAAAAGGAUAUUCUAUUAGCAUGGUGAAGUCAUUUAAUGAUAGCAAGUGUUUUCACAUUUUUUUCACUGAUAUACUGUACUGUGUACAUAAACAAUAUCUAUAUCUAUAUAUCUAUAUACUCAAAGCAAUGAUGCCAUCCAUCAUUUUCAAGCCUGGCAGGUCAAAUUGGAUCAGAAUUUUUUGCGAUGUGUGCUACAGUGCAAUGUUGUAUUGAUCUCUUUAUGAUUUCUUUCUGUUUUUGUUUGUUUGUUUGUUUGGUUGGUUGGUUUUGUUUUUUACUUUUUUAUGUUUUACAACAGAUGUCUUAUAAGCUAAAAUGUUAGUUAGUGGUCAGAUGUUAAUCAUAUUCCACCCUGUUUUCCUCACAGCGAUGUUGUUGUCAUUUUUAUUUGGUUUUCAUAUUUGUAUUUCAUUUCAGUGACAUUCAUUUUUGAGACUAUACUUGCAUCAGAUGAUGAUGAAAGGUAUCUGCUUUGACAACCACAAUUAACUGUCAAAAGAUUAUUUACACAAUUCUUUUAAACUAAGCAUAAUUAGCAAAAUAUCCACAAAAAAGGAAGGGGUUUGAGAUUUCCAUCAGUAAGGUAUAGGUUUAUGAUAUAUUAUUGAGCUACAGUAAUACAAAAAAAUAUAGCAAUUUUUUCAAUUGAUUAAAAAGAAACUUGAAGUAUUCUGUCAAAAAAUAGGACUGAGAAAUGCUAAAUGUUGGACAGAAGGAGGAACUUUGUGUGAAGCUUGUUGCACCAUUGCGGCACAAUCAAAUGAGAUAACACCAUUAGAGAGUAGGCCAUACGUCGUUGGCUACUGCUUUUGCUUGAAUCAAAGAGCUGACGAGAGAAUAAAAAAUAUUAUCUUUUGUAGAGAGGUUGAGGAUGAUCUUUUAUGAAACAGAAAACCUGCAAAUGAAGAUUCACAUAUUAUGUAUAUUAAUUGAUUCCUGGUCACUCAAAGCUAUUGUCUUGCACUUUAACCCUUAACCCCUCCCGCUCCCUUCUUGUAUUUUUGCACUCCAGGAGUAUUCAACCCAACCUAGUGGCUGUAAGGCACAGAAGCGGGAUUAUCUUACUCAUUAAAUCUUAAAAUAAAUAGAGCAAAAAGGAAAUUUGUGUUCAGAUGGGUAAUGAGCAGCAUGUUCAACUCUUUCUAGUUAGUAUCUGUGAUCUAACAUGACCACAUAAUUAUAACUCACCACACAAAGCCAUAACUGGUCUUGUUGAACACAAGGCUGCUCUACCAGUCAAUGUUAGUAUAGCUUCAGAAUAAAAAAAAAAAAAUCCAAUAUUAUCAAGUUACUUUAAUUUCAAAUUUAAACGUGUGCAAUCAGAGAAUAAUAUUUUCACUUUAACACAUUUAAAGUAGAUACUUGAAUCCAGAGUCCACAGUUAUAUUAAUGAUUUGAGCAAAUUAAAGAACCAUAAAUAUUUGAUUUAUAUUUGCAGUGUAUGUCCAUAAUAAAUAAUGACUUGCUUGCUAAAAAAAUAUCAGAUCAUAGAUCUAUUUUAUAUUCUCUUGUGUGUAUUACCUAGAUAGCAAUCUGAUAGCUUUGGGAGUCUAUAAAGUUGUGAUGUGAGGAUAUUCUAGUGAGAUACUAAGGGUGCUUUACUUGCCACUCUACCUUAAGGACUGCUGAAGACACCUUAAUACUCAGUAAGUCCACUAAUUCAUCAUCCUGCCAUAUUCUCCUUACUGGCAAGUCCUUUGAAUUUUGCACCAACAAUGUCAAUGCCACCAUGUAAGUCAAGCACUGAUGUCAAAGGAGCAUUUUCAAGAAAAUUUGAAGUUGAAAUUUAUAUGUUUCCCAGGUGGUGUCAUCCCUACACCAUGACUUUUUGUAUUUUAAAGUGAAGAUUUGUUCGAGCUGAAUUCCUCCAUUUUUAAUCAACUGAUGGAGCAGAUUCAGGUGGGGAUGAUUAUGCAUGCGUCUGUCUCUGACGACAGGAUAGACCUUUUCCUUUUAUCCAGGUUCAGCUGAUGGAGAACACAAGUUAGACAAGCACUGAUGGGUCCUCUGACCUUUUCAAUAAGAGUUGUCCAGACCUUGGCCUAGUAACUGUGUGUGUGCGUGCGUGUAUGUAUGUAUGUAUGUAUGUAUGUGUGUGUGUGUGUGUGUGUGUGUGUGUGUGUGUGUGUGUGUGUGUGUGUAAAGUCAGUUAGCACCUUUAAAAUGAAUGGAUGUCAGAAAUGGUAACACUUUCUCGUCGAGUGUUACGCAGAUCAGUUCAUCAGCUGCUUGUUACUCGUUUCAUUAAUAACGUCACAAUGACUGUGUUUACCUAAAAAAGCUUUGGUGUUGCAAUAUGAUAGUUUAGCACUGCUUUUAACAGUGGGUAUUUUCUAUUUUAUCACACCCUUUACUCUCUGUCUUCCUAUGAUGUGGAAAACACAUAUCCUGCAGUGUGAGCUAACUGCAACAUGUUUAGAGAGUACAGCAAUACACCAUAUUUAGCUGGUUUUGUUGGCUUGCUGAUAUUUUGAUAUUGAUAAGUGUAUUCUCAAAAUUAUAUGGCUUUUUUCACUCCCCUGCUUUUCUUUGUUUGCUUUUAAAAUGCUUUUACAUAUUAUGAAAUCUAAAAGAAACAAACAAAAAAAAGGUUCAAAAAAAUUUGUAGUCCACAAAGAACAUUGUAGGCCUAUGUGUCGGCAUACACUGUUAUUUUAUCAUUUUUGAUGAUGCACAUAAAUUGAUCUUUUUCAGUACAUGAUGACAAACACAUUGAGAGAGUCCUUUAUUAUUAUCUAUUCAGUAUGGGACAACAAGGCGUAUGUAUGUGUGUUUGUUUCUGUAUUUAGUGCACUUACUAUACCAUGAAAUAGGCUUGAAAUAGGAGUGUUGUUGGAGCUUUCUAGUUACCUGGACUGUGUGUGGUGUGACUUUUGUACCUGGGGAAACAGCAGGCUCAAGUGUCUUCCCUUUGUCAGCAAUGUUAUUUCCCCAAACAAGGUUAAUCCUUAGAAAUCCCCUUAGACAGCUUCAUAAUUUUGCCCUUUUAUUUGGACAACAGUGGUUCAUUUUGUACGCUGCCUACUUCAAAAGCAGGAAAUGGCAUCUACCCAUAUUGUCUAGGACAUUGUGAUGAAACUAUUGAGAGUCGUGAGAGAUGAUGUUGUAGAUUAUAACUGGCUAUGGUAUAUAGGUUACAGGUGAAAUGAGACUAAUGAUGUAUUAAAGGUGUCCAUAUCUGAAAUUAGGCUAUAUAGUACCUAACAUUGGAGGCAUCGCUCCUCCUUUGAGUCUGAACUGUUACAAUUUUUUCCAAACUUGUUGUAUUACCUGUGCAUUAUUAUCCCUCAACUAAUUAAUAAAAUGUUGUUGACUAAA